AUGCCAAGCACGCCGAAGCCAGAGCCAGCCAUCACGGACACGGCCAGACGGUGAUCAGCUGCCAGAGGGAAGAUGGCAGUGUCUUUGGUCAGGGGUGGGGCCAGGUGGCUCGGAGGGGCUGGUUCACGACUCCUGGCAGCCCCAGCAGUGUCUAUCCGCUCUCAGGUGGCUGGUAUCAAGGGGAAGUCUCUCCAGGACAAGGACUACAAGCGGCCCACUCCCUUCCCCUACAAGAAGGACACGUAUGGCUACCUCGCUUCAUUCAUAGACUGGACAACCCACCGCUUCGACGAGAACACCAAGGUCGUGGUGGUGGACGGACCCAUCGCAGCGGGCAAGGCCAAGUUCGCCAAGGAGCUGGCAGAAGACCUUGACAUGCUGUACGUGCCAGCCACCAACAUGGACCUGAUCUACAUCAACCCCUACGGCUAUGACAUGCGCCAGCUGGACCCGCAACUCCCGGACGUGUGCAAGAGCUUUGACGAGAAGGACUUUGUGCGUAACCCCUCCCACCCCAACGCACCAAAGUUCCAGUUCGACAUGUUCAAGCUUAAGUUGAGCCAGUACAUUGAUGCCCUGACACACGUCCUGAGCACUGGCCAAGGCGUGGUGAUGGAUCGCAGCGUGUACAGCGACUUUGUGUACGUGGAGGCCAUGGUCAAGUUUGGCUUCAUGAGGCCCGAAGCGCGCAGUGUGUACUAUGCAGCCCGGGAAGAGACACUGCCAGAGCUGCUGCGGCCUCACCUGGUCAUUUACCUGGACGUACCGGUGGAUGAGGUGCGCCGGAGGGUGGCCGCCCGACCUGAGCCACACCCCAGCUCUCCCUUCCACACCCCUGAAGUGAUCGCUUACAUGGAGUACAUCUAUAAGCAGCAGUACCUCAAGGAAAUCAGCCACCACGCUGAGCUGCUCGUCUACGACUGGUCUGAGAUGGGCGACGUCGAGGUGGUCGUGGAGGACAUCGAGCGACUGAACCUGGAAGACUAUGACCGCUACGACCCUAAAAUGGAGGACUGGCGCAUCACCAAGGAGCUGGAGUGGGCCAACCGACGCAUGAUGUACUCCAAGAACAAGGGCCACAUUCUGAACCUCAUGAACAUCCCAGCCUACUCAGUGGAGGAGCUGGUCAUCCCCGCCGACGAGUUCAAGAGAUUCAAGGAUGUCUGGUGGAACGCCCCAGGAAUGAAGUACGCUGUCGGGUUCAACGAGGACCAGGGUGACCAGCACAUCGCUCUGAAGGUCAAGAUUGGAACGUAAUGUAGCUCAUGCUCUGGGUCGUUACUUGUCGCUGGGAUGGAAGAUGCAGGUAAAGAGUAACAGCGUAAUCAGUUGCCUCGUGUUCCGGGAGAUUUCCAGCUGUUGGGGAAGAAAUUUAAGUUUUAACGUCUAAUGUAAAUUAUUAUGUUGUACAGAUGAAAAAUAUUUGUUGUGUAGA